CCACUUCCCUCCCGAGAUACUGCCUGGCCCGUGGAAUUCCUCCAGUACAGUAUUUCACGUGUGCUCCAAAGUUCCAGCAUCUCUCUCGGAAUCAGGUUUAUCACCACCGCAUGUGUCGUGAGAUUUGUUAACUCAGCAGCACAGUUCAAUGCAAUACAUAAUAUACAGUAGAAGGAAAAGAAGAUAUAAUAAGUAAAUCAAUUUCAGUAAUUGUGGUCCCUCCGUAAGUAUCUUGUGAAAGGUGUUGCACUGUAAAGUCUGCGCGCUGCGACAUGUUCAAUUCACUCACAAAGCCAGCUCCUCACCCGGGCCCGGCCGGGACUCCAAUACGCAGCGGCAGCGUACGCAAGGCCUGCUGGGUGUUGUAGUUCUCUCUGAGCCGCGGGCCGGUGGCGACAGGAGCGACGCUGCACCGUGCCAGCCUGUGAAGGGGACGGGUCUGAGGACAGUGAAUCAAAUGCAAUUCUGAAGUUAAAUUUUCCUUUAUGGGUGGCAAAAAAGUUUUGACAGAAAUGAAUUUUGAUGAAGAACUGAUGCCCAGGCAAUUACCUGUGGAUGACUGGGAUACCACAGAAGACUUUGACCCUAGUGUGCCACCAAGAACACCCCAAGAAUAUUUAAAAAGAGUCCAGAUUGAAGCAUCAAGAUGUCCUGAAGUAGUGGUGGCAAAAAUUGACCCAAGAAAGUUAAAAAGCAAUCAAACAGUAAAUAUUUCGCUGUCGGGAUGUCAACCUGCCCCUGCAGGAUUUUCUCCCAGUCUCAAGUGGCAGCAACAGCAAGUAGCUAAUUUUUCAAGCCUUCGACAGAAUAUAGACAAAAACAGAGAUCGUUGGAAGUCGCAGCCUUUGGACAGUAAUGUCUUGUUGCCAUCUCCUGAAGAUGAAGAAGGGUGGAAAAAAUUUUGUCUUGGAGAAAAGUUGUACUUAAAUUCAUCAUCAAUUACUGAAGAAAUUGAUAAUCCAGGGAUUGACUAUGUGCAGGUGGGAUUUCCUCCCCUAUUGAGUAUUGUCAGCAGAAUGAGUCAGCCAACAGUAUUUAACAUAUUGGAAUACUUAAUCAGCUGGUUUGGAGAUAAAAAAUUAUAUCCUGAAUUGGGUAGGUGGUUAUAUGCUUUGUUAGCCUGCAUAGAAAAGCCACUACUUCCUGAAGCCCAUUCUCUUAUUCGACAGCUAGCAAGAAGGUGUUCUGAAGUGCGUGCUACACUAGAAAAUCCAGAAGAUGGAGAAUUGUCAGCAUUAAAUUUACUCAUUUGUUUAGUUGCCAGGUAUUUUGAACAGUGUGAUCUUGCAGAUAAGGACUGAUGUUAAUGGGAGUCGAAUCAAAAUUCAGUCCAUAAUUUUCGACUAUACUAUGGUGACAUAUUUUUUUAUCUCAUUUGAAUUUAGAUCCUUCCCUGUUUUGUUGACACAAUGUUGUAUGUUAUGUCCAAUCACGAACAAGAUGCUGGAAAUCCAAGCAACAUAUUUUGUGUGUGUUGCAUGUUAUGUAGAGUCUUAUAUAAAAUUCACAUGAUAAAAUAAAUGAGAAUCAAAAUUAAUUCUCAAAUGUUAUAAAUAAAUGAUUUGACAUGGUUA